AUGCUAAAAGGUGUUUUUACCUUCAUUCGCCUUUUUGUGCUCUUACUUGGUUUCUCCACUAUUUGUUUGGGAGUCCUUUGCAUUUUCACAAGUUCCCCCACAUGCAAAUGUGGAAAUAACAAGCUGGUGUUUUAUUGCCUGUUAGCCCUGGGGUUCUUUCUCCUUAUUACUGGCAUUUUCUGGAGCACUUUCCAUGAAGCCUUGAAAUACAGGAGCCUCAGCAGCAUCCUCAUUCAAGAUCCCAGAUGUAGAGAGCUACGUGUCAGCACCGUAGACAGGCCUGACUUCUAUCCCCCCUCCUAUGAAGACAGCACAGAUCCUGAAAAACAGAACUCCCCACUACCAGUUGCUUACACACUAAAACAGCAAGAAUUCAUCAAUAUCCCCCUGCCACCCUAUAGCAAAAGCAGUGCAGAGUUCAUCAGUGAAACUAGCCAGCAGGAACAGCCACCACCAUAUGAAUUACCUGAGUGGCAGCUACAGCAGCAGCAAACAGCUGACCAAGACUCAGACCCUGGAGCGGAGUUGAAUUCUCCUCCAUCCAUACAAGAAAAGAAUAACAAACAAGAUACAGACUGCCAGGGGACCCCAGAAGGAGCAGCUCCUGCCAGAACAUCUGAGAUAAGCAGUGGGUAG